AUAGCAGGCAACCCUGAUGCCGAUGAUCUUCAAAUAAUCAACAGUACGCUGAACUCUCUCAUCGAAGAAAACAAUCACCAAGUAAUGAUUAACGAAGCUUUGAAUGGAAGACUACGAGAAGUAACCGAUAUUGCUAACAAAGUGCUAACAAACGAAGCGAAACGAUAUGAAACAUAUGCAACAGAAACAAGACAGCUAAUAAUACUAUCUAAUUUAGAUAUUUUGCAAGACCAGAUUGAAACUAUCGAAGAAGCCAUUAUAUCAGCCAAACACGGAAUACCGAACAGCAAAUUAUUGUCCACCGAAGACUUACAAACGAUUAACGAAUUCCUGAAGAAGAACGGUUUUGAUUAUAAUACAGCAGAAGAACUUCUUGCUCAAUCAGUAGCGCAAUUCAUGAUGAAUACGACACAUGUUCUCAAUUCAAAGCAAUAUUUAAAUGGUUCAUUUAUAAUACAGUUCGAGAAUUGCAGCAUAAAAAUUAAUGACGAGAUAUUCUCCAAUACAGAAGUCAUCAUCCCUAGAAGAUCUCAUCAUUCAACAUUGGGAUUGAUAGUCAACGAGACCAGCCUUGAAGAUAAUCCACCUACAGAGUUCUUGAACAACAUUACAUUAGAAAACCGCAGAAUAUUGCAAACCAUUAAUCUACAAAAUGAGUCGCUGGAAUUCAAAUUGCAUUUAUUCGGAUCGAUAGGAACAACAACGAUCGUAAUUGUAACUGGCAUUGGCAUAUU